UAUUGGAAAAAAACAAAAAUAAAAAAAAAAAAAAACAAAAAGGAUUUAAAAUUCUUUUAUAUUUUUAAAUUUUUAUUACAAUAAAAUUAAUGUUAAUAAAUUAUAAAUUAGUGGAAAAAUAUUAAAAUUAUUAAAAUUUGUAAUGAUUUUUAAAUUAUGUAUAUUUUAUUUAAUAUAUCAGAAUACAUUUUUGAGUAUUCAUUCAUUGCCUGAUGUAAUCAAAAUUGGCGGCCUAUUCCAUGAGCCUGGUAGUUAUCAAGAACUAGCAUUUAAACAUGCUGUAGAAAAAGUAAAUUCAGAUAGAUUUUUACUACCACGAUCGAAACUUGUUGCUCAAGUUGAAACAGUUUCACCAUAUGAUAGCUUUCAUGCAUCGAAAAAAGUAUGUAAUCUUUUGAGCCUUGGUGUUGCCGCAAUUUUCGGACCACAAUCAGCGCAUACAGCUGGACAUGUUCAGAGUAUAUGUGACACAAUGGAGGUUCCACAUUUAGAAAAUCGUUGGGAUUUUCGGCCUAGAAGAGAAAGUUGUUUAGUCAAUUUAUAUCCGCAUCCGAAUACUUUAUCUAAGGCCUAUGUCGAUAUUGUUAAAGCUUGGGGAUGGAAAUCAUUUACAAUAAUUUAUGAAAAUAAUGAUGGUUUAGUUCGAUUACAGGAAUUAUUGAAAGCUCAUGCUCAAUCACCGCUAAUAAUUACUGUCAGACAAUUGUCAGAUAAUGGUGAUUAUAGACCAUUAUUAAAGCAAAUUAAAAAUUCUGCUGAAGCUCACAUAGUUCUUGAUUGUUCAACUGGAAAAAUUUAUGAAGUUUUGAAACAGGCACAACAAAUUGGAAUGAUGAGCGAUUACCAUAGUUAUUUAAUAACAUCAUUAGAUUUUCAUACAGUUAAUUUGGAUGAAUUUAAAUAUGGUGGAACAAAUAUAACUGGUUUUAGAUUAAUAAAUGAAAAAGCUGUAUCAGAAAUGGUAAAACAAUGGACUGUUAAUGAGAAUGGUGUAAUAAAGCAUACAAAUUUAUCAUCAAUCAAAGCUGAAACAGCUUUAAUAUUUGAUGCUGUACAUUUAUUUUCAAAAGCAUUACAUGAUUUAGAUACAAGUCAACAGAUUGAUAUACAACCCUUAUCAUGUGAAAACCAAAAUACAUGGCCUCAUGGUUUUAGUUUAAUAAAUUAUAUGAAAAUUGUUGAAAUGAAGGGCCUAACAAAUGUUAUAAAAUUUGAUCAUCAGGGAUUUCGUACCGAUUUCAUUUUAGAUAUAAUUGAUCUUGGCCCAAAUGGUACACGAAAAGUAGGAAUAUGGAAUUCAACAUUACCGAACGGUGUUAAUUUUACCAGAUCAUUUAGAGAUCAACAAAAAGAAAUUGAAGCGAGUUUAAAAAAUAAAACUUUAAUAGUAACUACAAUUUUAAGUGAUCCUUAUUGUAUGAGAAAAGAAUCAUCUGAAACGUUAACAGGCAACGAUCAGUUUGAAGGUUAUGUUGUUGAUUUAAUACACGAAAUUUCUAAAGCUUUAGGAUUCAAUUACAAAAUUCAACUAGUUCCCGACAAUGCUUAUGGAGGAUUUAAUAGAGAAACUGGUGAAUGGAAUGGUAUGAUACGUGAACUUUUAGAACAAAGAGCCGAUUUGGCAAUAGCAGAUUUAACAAUAACAUUUCAGAGAGAGCAAGCCGUUGACUUUACAAUGCCAUUCAUGAAUUUAGGAGUUUCUGUACUAUAUAGAAAACCAGUUAAACAGCCACCAAAUCUUUUCAGUUUCCUAUCACCUUUAUCAUUAGAUGUUUGGAUUUAUAUGGCAACAGCUUAUUUGGGAGUGUCGGUACUCUUAUUUAUUCUUGCAAGAUUUACACCUUAUGAAUGGCCAGCAUACAGUAAUGGAGAAAAAGUUGAAAGCCAAUUUACUCUUCUGAAUUGUAUGUGGUUUGCCAUUGGUUCUUUAAUGCAACAGGGCUGUGACUUUUUACCUAAAGCCCUAUCAACUAGAAUGGUUGCUGGAAUGUGGUGGUUUUUCACUCUUAUUAUGAUUUCAUCUUAUACUGCCAAUUUAGCUGCAUUUCUUACGGUUGAACGAAUGGAUUCACCAAUAGAAAGUGCUGAAGACUUAGCUAAACAAACGAGAAUAAAAUAUGGUGCACUUAAAGGUGGAAGUACAGCUGCAUUUUUCAGAGAAUCGAAAAUAUCAACAUAUCAAAGAAUGUGGUCAUUUAUGGAAUCAGCUCGACCAUCUGUCUUCACUUCAAGUAAUUAUGAAGGUGUUGAACGUGUCAUCAAAGGAAAAGGCACAUAUGCUUUUCUGAUGGAAUCAACCUCUAUUGAAUAUGUUACAGAAAGAAACUGUGAUUUAACACAAGUGGGUAAUAUGUUAGAUACUAAAGGAUAUGGAAUUGCAACUCCCCCAAAUUCACCUUAUCGUACAGCAAUUAAUGGUGUAAUAUUAAAGUUGCAAGAAGAAGGGAAAUUACACAUUUUGAAAACACGCUGGUGGAAAGAAAAGCGUGGAGGAGGGAGUUGUAGGGUUGAAGCAUCUAAGUCAACAUCAGCUGCUAAUGAACUGGGAUUAGCAAAUGUAGGUGGUGUUUUUGUUGUAUUAAUGGGUGGAAUGGGUGUUGCAUGUGUUGUAGCAGUUUGUGAAUUUGUAUGGAAAUCAAGGAAAGUGGCUGUUGAGGAACGUUUAAAUUCAAUGCUACAUGAGUGAUUGUAAAUUUUCCUUUUUAUUUUCUCAAUUAUCUUUUCGUUUUAACAACUUUUAUAAGUGGAAUUAAGGGAUGACGAAAUAAAAUAUAAACUUAUAGAAAUUUUAUUUAAUAAAUCAUAAUAUCAAAAAUCGAAACCUUUCAUAUGUAUGUACUUAUAUCUAAAACAAAUUAUGUAGAUUUUCUUCUUUUUGUUAAUUUGUACUAAUAUUACAUAUAGGAUAUAAGAGAUUAUAGAAUAAAAGAUCGAAUUAGUACA